GCGCAAGCGAUCGAGGCAACCUCUUUCUACUAACAUUGUACUCGGAGCACCUGCGCCUGUGACCAUCUCGCCGGUGUAUAAGACCACAGGUCAGGAGUUAGCAAGCACUCUUCAACUGUCUCAGCUGUCAGCACCUCACUCGUCCACGAUGCAGUACAAGGCUCUCUUCUUCCUGGUAGCCCUCGGGCUGGUGCAGGGGAUCUCCGCCAGCUACAAUUCCAGCACCAACGCCAGCCUCGUCACCAGUGCCAAAACCUCGGUGGACAGCGCCCUUUCAUCCUGGGAGAACGCGACCAGUGACGCUGAAUCCGCGUGGGCGAACGAGACUUCAGCGUGGCAGAACGCGACCAGCAACGCGAUUUCUUCGGCUGAGACCGCAGCCAACGAAACGGCUUCUGCAUGGAAUAAUGCGACGAGCAACGCGAUUUCAGCAGCUGAGACCGCGGCCAACGAAAUGGUUUCUGCAGCGGAGACCGUAGCCGACAACAUCAAUAAUGUGGCCCAGUCUUUAAUUCCAAACAUUUUUGGCUGAUUUGUUAUCAUUUUCAAAAUGUGACUGACUUGUAUUAUGGGAUAUAAUUAAAAUUCUCGCUGAUAUACAACUAAUA